AUGCCGAACAAGAGGCCAAAGUCUGAGGCAACAAUCUCUUUCACCGAGGCCGACCUUGAAGGUAUAAGUUUACCUCAUGAUGACGCUUUGGUGGUGCAAGUGGAAAUCGCGAAGAGACCCGUCCAUCGGGUAUUGGUCGACACAGGAGCGUCGAUGGAUCUUAUGUCACACGACGCCAAUCGACAGUUUGGCUUUGGAGAUGACACGCUGAAGCCAGAAGGAACCUUGCUCCAUGGAUUCUUGGGGGCCGCCGCCACGAUCAAAGGGUCGACCGACCUACUGGUUACGUUCGGACAAGCCCUAUGUCAAGCGACGAUCCAAGUCAAGUUCAUGGAGGUACGGUCAGUGGUGGCUUUUAAUGCGAUCCUCGGUUGCCCGUCACUCACCGCCCUCCAAGCUAUCAUCUCGCCGGUGCAUUUAAAGAUGAAGUUCCCCACGGAGAACGGGAUCGGAGAAAUCUGA